AUGUAUCGUUUCAGAUAUCGUCAUGCAGCACCCUCGGGACCAUGGCCUUGGGUCAAUUUCAAUACCGACUUUUCAUCUGCUGAGCCGCCAUUUCGAAAAGGUGAACAUGAAUGGCGCGGAUACCCGCAAGAACUUUUUGGCAACUGGAGUCCGAUUCCAGUGGCACGAAGCGAGAUGUUGACACAAUGUACGCGCACCGUGAAACCGUGCGUCAUAUAUGGCAUUGACGUAACGGGCGACGGUCAAUUCAAAAUACGGGAGCAAGGGCUGCAUCGCGUUGAGGUAUCGGAAGAGAAAGAAAACGAAUUCUGGUCGAAAUUACAGGAGGAGGAAAGUAUUGUUCUACCCCAUCUCAACAAAUUGAUGAGUGAUUAUGACCACAAUCAGGUCCGGAAGAACGUCCGCGUUCGAGCGUUAUUCGUGGAUAACUUGUCGGAAUCCGUUUUGAAGAUGUUGGGGACGAAGUAUAACAUAGAGGCAUUCUUCUUUUCAUCCUCCACAAACUGGAUUCCCUCGCGAUACCGGGAAGAGGUUCGACAUGGCGUGGGGGAUCAUAUCACAGUUAUCCUUCCUUUUAUUCGGACCACGGAGAAGAAAAAGAAGAGCAAAAAAUGUAAUGAAAGGAAGAAUACCAUAUAUGUCAUGGCACCCCUUAACCUACACGGCGAACAUGUCCUUCUCAUCGACCUUCUGGCAGUCCAUAUGAUCCGCGAGAAGAAUUCCUCUACGAUCAUAACCUAUCAUCCUCCGCUGCGUGAUCGCACUACCGCCGAGCGCUUAUAUCAGGUUAUGGAGCGCGCAGGUGGAAGUGUUUACUGGAAUAGAAUAUUCGCGGCAUCUGAAGAUCCAACCUUUUUCUUUCUGGUAAUCCUAUGGUAUGCGCUGUAUGCGUGGGAUGAGACAUUUGAAGUGCUGUAUAACCGCAUCAAGGAUAUGGAGGUAAUCUUAAAUGGCUCCGACUUCACUGCUAUGUCCGACCUCAACCAUAGCCUCCACAGCCUUCAAGCGCACCUACUCCAGUACCAAGCCCUCCUUCAUGAUUUCGAGAAAUCGGUCGCAUUUGUACUGGAGACUCCAAACCCUGCAAUGGAAGAUUCAGAAAAUAGGGCAACUACAGAAGAGCUGAUGCAACGAGAAUGCAAGAACCUCCUUUCUGAAGUCGACAGGUUGCACAGGAGAUGUUCGAUGUUCAUCAGUCGUUUAAAGAAUGCCAUAGAUUUGGCAUUCGCGACUGUAAACAUCGAGGACAGUCGUCACACGCACAGGAUAACUAUGGCAACCCUUCGAGACUCUGCUGCAAUGAAACUGAUAUCAUACCUGACCAUGGUCUUCUUGCCCGCCAGUUUAACUGCUUCGGUCUUUGGGAUGAACGUGCGCGAAAUUUAUCCCGGCACCCUAGAAACGAUCGCGCGCUAUGUUUGGGUGACUUUGACGCUGAUUCUUGUCACGACAUGGACCGUUAUCGCUUUACAACCAUACAGCACAAUUCACCAGCCUGGAGCUAGUAGGUGGCAGAGGGCUGCUUGGCUGCAUUUUUCCUCCCCCAUAUAA